AGGCUUUUUCCAUCAUUUCUCUUUCGCUUCCGUUUCACCUCAAAAGGAACAAACGAUCCGAAUUCUAUACAACAUGCAUGGAAAACUUGCAUUCCAAACAGUGGCUUUCCACAGAACUUUAAUUUCAAUUUUAGCAUUCUUCUUUACUCUCACCUAGUCAAGAUGAAGCCUUGGUCAUCAUCAACGCAAACAGGGUCUGCAUCAAACAUGAAUGGAAAUGCAUUCAUGGCCGAAUCAAACACUCCACAAGCACAGACACCUAGGAGAAACUCACGUUUCAUUCCAGAAGCAGAAAGAGGAUGGUAUACUCCCGAACAAAGACCAACAUCUUCAAUGAUGAGAAGAAGUUCAAGCGGUCAAAGUUCACCUUCAGGUUGGUUUGAGAAUAGAAGAAGAAGUAGCAUAACCGCAUUCAAAGCUAAAUGGGCUUCACCAACAUGGGAAAAGAAACAAUUACCAAAAGGAGAAGAAGUGCUAACAGGUCAAGAAGAUACGAUGGUCGCACCUCCACAAAUAGAAAUGACUGAAGAAGCGGAAGAAGAAGCAUUAUCGUCUGGGAAUGAGGAAGAGGAUGAUGACGACCCUCGAUUACAUGCACGUCAUCCACGUGAAAGAAGUAGUUCAGUACCUGAUCUACCACAAAUGCAAAUAGCACGCAGUAGAACUCCAUCUAGAAAGGAUCGAAAUGAAAGGGAGAUAGAGCAACCGCAACCGGCUAAAGAAUCAUUAGGUGCCAAAAGAGGUCAACCAAUGAAGAUCAAUCUAGAAUCAUUACAAACAGCCGUAAACAAAAAGCAUGUCAAUCCAGAAGAACCUCCUACACCAUUACAAUUAACCAAUCAAAAUUCAUUCACUCCAUCUCUAGAGCUACAAAGGACACGAUCGAUUCAUCACCCAAGCAGAGGAUAUGCAUGGAAGCCAGAAUCGCAUAAAGAACAUAAAGGAUACGUUCCACCUUCUCAUCGAAAUCCUACUUCUAUGCAAGCAUUUUAUGAUUCGCAUUUUGGUAGUUCUUCUGGGUUCAGAAGUGUUGCAGGUUUGGCAGAUGAUAUGUUUCAUCCGAUCGGAAGUGCGAAACAUAUGUUGAGCAAAUUGGGCAAUACAAAGAAGCACAAUGCGGAGAAGAAGAUUAAGCAGCAACAACAAGAUGCAAUUAAUGGUGGAGUGAUUGAUGAAAGUGCAUUGCAGGAAUCAUCAUCAUCAUCAUCAAAGGAUAGCUUUCUGUCUUGGCGUGGACUGCCGUUCUCACCUGCAAUCUUUGGAAUGGGAUCUAGCUCCUCUAUGCAAGCAAACGAACAGCAAGCUUCACAAAAACGAACCGUUCAUCCGGGCGAAUAUGAGCCUGAAUUGAUUCCAACAGUUCAUCGUGAUCCACAUACACAUCGCUACUUCAAAAAGUUGGAAGGGAAUGUGGUCAUUCUGGGAGGUUAUCGUGGAUCAAUCUUGCGUGAUGCAACUACUCAUCAAAUGAUCUGGGUUCCACUCAAAGUGGGUGUUGGCUUGCGAAGGCCGACGUUAGAGCUAGGAUUAACGGAAGCAGCUGAAGAUAACUCAGAAGAACUGGUGAUUGCAGAUGAAAUGUUGAGUGGAAUAGGAAACAUGGUCGAUACGGGAAAACGAUUGUUAGUUCGUUGUGCACACAAAAAGCGAACAAAAGUUCACAGUUGGGGAUUCGAUUGGAGAUUAACCCUAAGCAAAAGUAGUGAAAAGUUUGAAAAGUUCUUACAAGAGCUAUACGAUGCAAGUUCUGAUCAAGUUGAAAAUCGAAAAGGUGCAAAAGUUGUUGCUCAUUCUAUGGGUGGAUUGGUAGCUAUGCAUGCUCUGGCCCGUACAAAGAAUCCAAAAAUAUUUGAAUCUUUAGUAUUUGCAAGUACGCCAUUUUUAGGAACGGCCAACAUUCUGGGACCGUUUGCAUAUGGUGAUGCAGCUUUGUGGAACGAUGAAAUUUGUUCGCCUCGUGCAACGUUUUCUUUCCGAUCCAGCUUUUAUCUCUUGCCAACGCACCCCACAAACGAAAAAGAAAAGAUUGAUACGGCCGCCGGAAGAUGCUUUGAAGAAGAGGACGGGAAACCACAUGAUGUUGAUUUCUUAGAUCCGGAGACAUGGAAUGACUUAGGAUUCAGUCCAUGUGUCCAACGAGGUGGCAGGAAAGCAGCCGCCGAUUAUCUUCGUAAAAAUGCGACUAAGAAGAGUAUUUCUAUUGAUGGGCAAAUAGAAGACACAAACACUCAGCGUGAAACCUCCCUUCUUACCAAGAAAAGUUCUCGAAAUGAUCCUGAGAAAGAUAGUACGGACAAAGUUCCUGCUAUGCCACUCGCAAAUGUGCAAAUGGAUGGUGAAGAUAUCAGCUCGUCCAAACCAGCAAAAGCCGUCAAUGUAGCAAUCCAAAAGGGCCAAAAGCUUGCAGGAGAUGAAGAUGACACGGAGCACACUUUACAUCCAGCCAACAGACAAGAAAGCAAUGAUCAACAAGCCAAAGAAGAGGGAAUUGAUGAGGAAGCCGAAGAGGCAAUGUCAUGGGCUUACCUGGAAAAGACGUUGGCAGAAACAAAACAAUUCUUUUACGAAUUACGUACAAGUUUCAAGCAAGAGUCUUUCGAAAAAGGUCUUUAUCCGCCCAUUUCGAUUCUCACUUCCGGUAGAACACCGACCGUUCGUGGUGCAUUGGUAUGGCCAAAAGGAAGUGAAGCACUGGAGAAACAAGAAGCCAAGGCCAAAGCCAAAGCGGUUGAGGAAGGAAAACCAGAGCCUGAACUACCAAUUACAACAGACGAAGAUCACUGGAAAAGAACGGCACGGUUACGAGAUUAUUCUAGAAUGCUUUAUGCACCGGGAGAUGGAGUGAUCUUACGUGAAUCAUCAAUCUCUUUACCGGGUCAAUGGGGUAAAUUAUUGGUGAAAGAUGACGCAAGUUUGGAUGAACGCGGUAAACAUCCUUUAACGAACGAAGAAGGUGUGGUUGAGACGAGUCAUAGACAUGUGACUUUAUUGAGUGAUGUUGAUGGAAUCGGUCGUUGUUUAGAGGCUUGUCGUAGGGCCAGAAUGAACGGAUGGCCAAAAGUGGCAGUCACGAAAUCAUAGAAAAGAAUCUAUUAUAGAUUAUGCACAAUGUACAAAUACACCAUCUACAUUUUUAUAUGAAAUAUACUAGAAAAACCGCCAAAUGCUAUCACUUGAUUG